AUGUUUGCGACACUCCCAGAUUUUUCGCCGCGAGAUUCACAUUCUCUGUGGUACUCAUCCUCUAGGAAUCCCUUCAUACCCCCAGGGCCGGUCGACAACCUACACGCGGAUCCGAAUAGCAGUCACCAUGGACCGACGCAUUCGCGCCAGCGCGGUCAGUUGCUGGAGCGAACGUUGCUCGCGCGUCUUGCUGCGGAUGAACAGAAAAUGCACCGACGCCGAAUAAAUGUACAGAACUUUGGCAGCACUUGGCUAAAACCUCCCGGGGUGCCAAAGACUCUACACCAGAUGCGGGAGGAGAAGCGUGAACAGGAAGAGCAUCAGGAAGCUAUGCGCAGAGAGCAGCUUGCUCAGGAACUGGCAGAAGCAGAGGGUGGCGGCACGAUGGACGACGGCAUGAUGGACGACGUGCAGCUUGAUGGGGCGCAAGAUUUGGAUGAUGAAAUUCCAGACGCAGACGACGCCUUUGACCCGAGCAGCGACGAUAGCGAAGAAGACGAAAACGAAGAGGAAGAAAAUGAUAAUGAAGGGGAUGAAGAUGACGAAGAAGCAGUAAGAGAAGAGGAGGCAGAUGAAGAGGCUCUACGAGAGGAACGGCAGCAUGGCCUGGUGGCGGCGCGGAUGAGGAUGACGGACGACGCGUUCCGAGAAGCCCUUAUCCGUGGGGACCCAGAAGCGGAUGGCAGCGUGUACGGCGACGAGGAAGACUUGGAAGACGAAGAUCGAGAACAAAUACUCGACGAGGACGACUUUGCCUACGAUGGCAACCUAGACGAUGGAACGGCAGGCGACAUGGAUGCUGAUCUCGAUGAUGACAUCCCGGAGGCUGAGGACGGCUACGAGCAUACCGACUCCGAGGCCGACGUCAGCAGCAGCGCCCAAGGCGAAGAGCAAGAAGACGAUGAGGGCGUGGACGUGGACGAGGACGAAGAGGGGGAGGGCGACACCACCGACACACACGACCUCAGCUUCAUGCCGUCGCGCGCUACACCCCUCGCAGCCCCUCAGUCCCCCACGUUGCCUCGGCAUACGAGCUUCCAGACUGGCCCCCGCGCAAGCAUGGAUCUGAGUGGGUUGCUGUCGCAGGACGAGAGCAGCUUGUUGAUGAUGAUGGAGAGUAGUCCUGCGUUGAUGAGGAGGAGGCCGGGCCAGCGGAAGUAG